AUGAAAGCUGCAAAUUCACAAAAGGUGCGGGAGAAAAAUGCGUCUGGCUCUUUAACAGCCUCUACAACUGUUCCAGAACCUGUGGAUUCGCCCUGUCCAUCAAGCUGUGAAGAUACCUUGAAAUCAGAGUUGGACCCGGCCGAUGUCAUCGCCUCAAUGCCUUUGCCACCUGAUGGGAAUGAAUUUCUUCCAAGAAGCUUCAAGUGCAAGAGGCUUCUGAUUUCUAUUUUGGGUUUGCUCAUUGGAAACUGCAGAAAGAAGCCUACUCUACCAGAUUCCUUUAGGACCACAGAAAGGAGAAUGAUGACUCUCAAUCUAAUGACCUUACUGAAGGUGAAUGUACUUUUAUGCAAUAGGCUUUUGGAAGAAUUUGUGAAUCACAUUGAGGAGCUGAAGAUGUUGGAUGAACGCAUUCAAAGGAGAGUGGAAAAAUUGGAGCAACAAUGCCAGAAGGAAGCCAAGGAGUUUGCCAGGAAGGUUCAAGAAUUACAGAAAAGCAACCAGAUUGCUUUCCAGCAUUUCCAAGAGUUGGAUGAACAUAUCAGCUAUGUAGCAACAAAAGUUUGUCACCUUGGAGACCAAUUGGAAGGCGUAAAUACACCAAGGCAACGGGCUGUAGAGGCACAGAAACUGAUGAAAUACUUUAAUGAGUUUCUGGAUGGAGAACUGAAGUCAGAUGUUUUCACAAAUCCAGAAAAGAUUAAAGAAGCAGCUGAUAUCAUUCAGAAGUUGCACCUUAUUGCUCAAGAACUGCCCUUUGACAGGUUUGCAGAAGUGAAGUCAAAAAUUGCAAGUAAAUAUCAUGACUUGGAAUGCCAGUUGAUUCAGGAAUUUACAAAUGCACAGAGAAGAGGUGAAAUUUCCAGGAUGCGUGAGGUUGCAGCAGUUUUACUUCAUUUUAAGGGGUAUGCUCACUGUGUGGAUGUGUACAUAAAACAGUGCCAGGAGGUUUCAUAUUUCAGGAAUGAUUUAUUUGAAGAUACAGCCACGUUAUGCCAACGAGUAAAUAAAGAAGUUCGUGAAGUCUUCAGCAACCCAGAGAAUGUGAUGGCCAAACUGAUACAAAACAUUUUUGAAAUUAAACUUCAGAGUUUUAUCCGAGAUCGAUUAGAAGAAUGUAAAAAGUCUGAUGCAGAAGAAUACCUAAAGAAUCUGUACGAUCUGUAUACAAGGACCACAAGUUUAGCAAGCAAGUUAGCAGAGUUUGAUCUUGGUACUGAUAAACAGACAUUUCUGGCAAAGAUGAUCAAAGGCAUUUUCCUUUCAUACCUGGAAAAUUAUAUCGAAAUUGAGACAGGAUACUUGAAAACUAGGAGUAGCAUGGUGUUACAACGCUAUUACGAUUCCAAAAAUCAUCAAAAACGGUCCUAUGGAUCUGGAGGGAUUCAGGACCUAAAAGAGCGAAUUCGCCAACGUACAAACUUACCACUGGGGCCAAGUAUUGACACGCAUGGCGAGACAUUUUUGUCACAGGAGGUAGUUGUCAAUCUUUUGCAGGAGACCAGACAGGCCUUUGAGAGGUGUCACAGGCUGUCUGAUUCUUCUGAUUUACCAAAGAAUGCUUUUCGAAUAUUUACUAUUCUCGUGGAAUACUUGUGUGUUGAGCAUAUUGACUAUGCUCUAGAAAUUGGACUUGCAGCAAUCCCAUCAACAGAUUCCAAAACCGGAGCUCUUUACUUCUUAGAUGUUGUACAACAGGCAAAUACGAUUUUUCAUUUGUUUGACAAACAGUUUAACGACCACCUCAUGCCACUCUUAAGCUCUUCUCCUAAACUGACUGAGUGUCUACAGAAAAAGAAAGAAGUCAUUGAACAGAUGGAAGUUAAACUGGAUACAGGAAUUGACAGGACUUUGAAUUGUAUGAUUGGACAUAUGAAGCAUAUCCUGAGCGUUGAACAAAAAAAGACAGACUUCAAGCCAGAAGAUGAAAACAACGUACUAAUUCAAUAUACUAAUGCUUGUGUCAAAGUCUGUGGCUAUGUCAGAAAGCAAGUAGAAAAAAAUCGAAAUUCGAUGGAUGGAAAGAAUGUGGAUACUGUUCUAACAGAAUUUGGAGUUCGCUUCCAUCGUCUAAUUCAUGAGCACCUUCAGCAGUAUACUUACAGUUCAAUGGGUGGUAUGCUGGCUAUCUGUGAUGUAGCUGAAUAUCGCAAGUGUGCCAAAGAAUUUAAGAUUCCCUUGGUGUUGCAACUUUUUGACACGCUGCAUGCACUCUGUAAUCUCCUGGUUGUAGCACCUGACAACCUAAAGCAGGUCUGUUCUGGAGAGCAUCUAACUAAUCUUGACAAGAACAUCCUUCAUGCCUUCGUGCAGUUACGGUCUGACUACAGAUCAGCACGCCUUGGUCGCCACUUCAGCUGAAAUCCUUGUUUUUUUGAAAUCUGAGUACAGUUUUGAAGCUUGAUACGCUGGACUUUUUGGGCUUAGGUUGUUUCAAACUUCAGAAGCUUUAAAUACAGGGCAUUCCAACCCCUGUUACAUAGCCAUUUACAAAUAUAUUUGGGAUAUUUGUGACUUCACUAAAAAGCAGCCAUUAUUGAACUGUUUCAUUGAAAAACAGGCUGAGUUAAUCCAAGUUAAACACAAUAAUAUUUUUGCACAACUUAUGCUCUAAUGAUUAUCUGGAGCUGAACCUAUCAGAAGCUACUAACAUAACUCGUGUCCAUAUGUAACAAAAUUGCUGUUCAUAAUUAAAUACAAUCAGGGAGGUUGUUGAAGCACUGAAUAAUAAAUUUAAAGCUCAGUUCUAUAAACACUUGUUUGAAGAAAAUGUACAGUGUUUUAUCCAGGUAUAAUGGAUUCACUUGCUCUUACUGUACACAAAUGUAACACUAUAUUAAUAGUAUAUUUGUUUAUACAGGUCUUUGAUUAAACAGCUACAGCAGGUGCCUCAGCAUAUUGAACAUGUUAUUGCUUCAUAGGUUAUUUUGUUUGUCAGGGAAUGGGGUGAGGGUUGAGGCGAUUGUCAUGUGUCUCUGUUACGCCAUUCCUAUGUAAGUUAACUUAGCUUUAGUAUUAAUGAGCUACUGCAAGUAGUGCUCGAUUAAAUACAUAAUGCCUUUGACAUCUCUGGUGUUAUUACUGUUCUCUGUUACACUAAUAACAACAUUGCUAGAGGAGAUAGAAGAAUUGAGCAUUCUGAAAGUCAUUGCUCUUAACGUAUGGGGGAAAUUUUUUUCUUAGUUAGUGAGUUUUAAUUAUUUUUGCUAUAAAUGUCAGUCAUUUCAACAGACCUCAAAUUUAUUUUGUCAAUGUUCUCUGAGUAAAUCUUGCCUCUCAGUAUGACCAGAAGUACUACAAACAAUUGGUCAGUAAUUUUUACAUUUUGUACUGAUCCUUUUUCACACUCUAGAAUAUGAUUUUACAUCAUUCCCAACAGUUGUAAUUGUUGUAAUUAUUUCCUGUGCAUUCUGUGCAGUAUUUCUUCUGGAAUAUGAAGAGUGAACGAUUGGAAAUGAUCAGUGGAAAGCUGCAGAAUUCCUCCACUAGUAAAAUUGUAAACAUUACUUCCUCAUGAUUAAACUGCAAAUGCCCCAGUAUACAGAGUAGUUGAAGUAUUUCUCUUUAUUUCUGUAUUAUUGUCAAUAAUCCUUGAUACUAUUAUCUGUAUGUGGGGAAAGAUGAGAUGUUACAUUUUAAUUAUCCUUGAAUGCUAAGGACAAAAGAUAUUUAAAUCUGAAACAACCUUAGUCAUAUGAUUGGGCGAACAGGUAUGACCUUUCAUUUUAUAACUCAAACCAUCUCUUAGCGGCUGCAGGUCUAAUUGUUCAAAGUCAGGAAAGCUCAAAAUAGGAAAGAAAGGCAAACCCACUGAGGUACUUUUAUUUUUUGAGUAUUCUGAUAAAUCAAUAGUUUAAAAUUACUUUGUUCAAUAAUGUGUUUGAUUUCCCAUAUAUUACACUUCCUUUUCCAGACAUUUAGCAACAAGUAUGUUGUAGCUCGUGGAGUAAUGCAGUGGAGGCUUGUAACAUACGCCCAUUUGCCAUUCGUGACCCAGUAGACCAUGCAGUAAUUCUAGCAGUAAAGUUUAUUCAUUAUUCAAAACUGUUGAAUCUGAAGCUAAGCUAUUACUUUUGUUGGAAGUUUCAUUUGACCUUAAUUUUAUUUCAGCCUAAAGGACUUCGAAUGAAUGGGAAUAUGGUAUAAAACUGUUACCUCCAUUUGGGGUUUGAAUAUUUAUUAACCUGAUUUCCAGGAACCCUUAGCUUGAAACUAUGUGCAGGUACCAAAAGUUGAAUAACUUUAGGUAAUGAGGUCUGACAUCAGUUAAACCUUGAUAACAUGAUUUUCAAUGUGUGGAAAAAAUUGCAAACACCAUGAUGCUUUCAAGCAUGGAUUUAAUAAUAAGGAUAUAAGACAGCACUUGAAAUAGCAUUUGUGUCUUUCGUGUGUGUGUGUGUGUGUCAGUGUCUGUCUCUAUCUCUCUCAGAAUAGCAUGUGCAUGCUGUUAAGUACCAGAAAACUUAAGGAGAAAAUACUUAUGCCUUAAAAUCUGUUGUUGCCAUCUGUCUCUUCCUUCACCAGCUUCCAUAUACAGUAUUCCAGCAUUGACAACACCCACCAACUGCCUACUAUCCAUUUGGAAAAACACUGGCAAGACAAAAGGCAUUGCCUUUGGCCCAUAUCACAUCACCUGCCCUGUAAUGUUGCAUACCAAGUGUUGUAUCCUGUUUAACUCCUGAGUUGAGGUGCCAGCUGCUAUGGUCUCUGUCACAAAGAUCCCUUGCUCCCAUCUCAAAUAAUAUUAUGCACUAUAAACCUAACAAAAACCUAACAAAACACAUCUAAUACUGAAAUCCCCCACCACUAAUUUUAUGAGAUUGGACUAUUCUAAUACUCCCUUGCACAGCAUUAUCUUUGUAAACCUUAGUUCUCCAAGCUUUACUACUUUUAUUCUUUCAAACAUGAAGUUCUAUACCACCACUACCCACCUUCUUGGCUUCCUCAUUGCCUUACCCAUCCCUAAAAUUACUCCUCUGCUCCAAACAUACUUUAUUUAAUUCUGAACUCUUGUGCCCUGUCACCACGCCAUUGCUCCAUCAUUCUUGCCUGUCUUAAGCUUUUCUGAGACCCCAUACUCUUGGAUUCUAUCUCUAGACUUCUUUUUCUGCUUUGAGACCAUAUACACACCCUCCUGUUCUGUAAAUGCCUCCUUUGAAUCAGUAGCUAGUUUUUUCGUACCCAUGAAUAAUUUUACUAUGUUUUUCUGUUAAGUUGGAUAUCCAAAUGCAAGUUCAUUUUAUUGAGAAGAGCAAGAGAGCUUUGGUCAAUUUUCUUCAUUCUACAAAUUGCAAAAAAUAAGUCCAAGAUUCAGUUCCAAAAAUGACCUCUGGCUGUGAACCUUGAAUGUAAGAUAUAAGGUAGUCUAAAUUUGAAGUUGGUAUUAAAAAUAAGAUGACAAAUUGUUUUGGUAAUUUGCAGGGCUUUCGGGUAUGGAAUUUGCUGUGAGUUAGUCAUGGAACCAAGAUCCAUAAUCACUUUGUAAGUGAAGUAGAUAAUCAACUCUGAACGUUUGGAAGAGAAAAGUAAGAAUAAGGGGGCUAAUGGGAUAACUUAUUUUAUGCUGCAAAAUUCCAUAUAUUUGACUUAAGGCACACAGUGUUUGCAGUUCUAAAUAAUUGUUCAAAAUAUGAAGUGCUACACUUUAACUUCUCCAGCGUGUUUUGGUCUUCAACAAUAUUUAUUGAGGAAAUGUGUCAAAGGGUUACAUGUACAUUCUUUCAUUAGCCAAUCUGUGCUUCAGAGAAUUGAAGUGCAGUUGCCAAGCUUACACGGCUUUGUCCAGUUGGAUCUCCCUAAUCUGGAGAAUUCACAAUGGAUUCUGCAGCUGAUAGGUUCCUGUAAUGGACUGGAAGGGAUUUGCUCUGUGAUGCCUCAGUUAGAAUACAAGUUAAUUCAGAAAUUGUGUUGCAAAGCCUGCUUGAUGGGAGAAAGAAGUUGGUCUCCAUUGCAGUAUGGUGCUAUUUGUACUCUUUACUUCCCUCCAGAUAAAGGAUAACUAUGGCAGUUACUGUCUGAUCUUUUAAGUUAACAUAGCACCUCAGAGCUGCUGCUGUUUUUGACAUGAGACCUAAACCUGACACUCAGUAAGCUCUUGUAUCCUUUUUGAGUCCAUGUUUCCUUUUGAUCUAAAACUGGCACUCUAGACGAUUUUCUUGGUGCUGGCUUUGUCUCAGCCAAAUAAAUCUGUGUUCCACGAUUUUGUGGUUGAACAACUCUUCCUCCUAAGACGUGAAAAUAACAGUUCAAUUUUUAUCCAAAGUUCUUGUUCAAGUUGUGGUGGAAUUUCAUUUGACUUGGGGAUUACAGUCACUUAUUUAAAUGCAGCACCUCACCCGUAUGAGAAGAUUGUCUUUUUACUUUGGAUAACCUGACUUCCAAGUUAUGUCUGAUAUAGUCAAAUAUAUUUAAACUCCUAACUUUUUAAGGACAUAGAAUUUUUUUUCACUCAACCUUAUUGAAAUAUUUUGGGGCCAGACAAAAUACGUAUGUAAGGCUUAUUAUCCAAUGUAAUGCACACUUUUAUGAAAUGGUAAUCAUUUGAUAUUGCUGGUAAAGAAGAUUUGGCAGAACCUUGGCAUCUGUUGUCCCUGUCCAUUAUAUCAUCUAUUUUCCUUGUCCUCAUGGUGUUCAAAUAAAAAUAUUAUUUCUACACUUUACUCCACUGUAUUGUUGAGUAGUUCCAUCCUACCUUUUAAUUUCAAUACAAAUGUUUAGCCAAAAUGGUAAACUACAAAACAUGAAUUUCCACGUACUAAAAUUGAACCAUUUAACACUAUCAGCUAUGUGUCUCUUAUCUGAUUUGUCUCAUAAGUCACUAACAAAAAAAAAACAUGAAAAAGUUGAGUUAAAGGUGUGCAAUCCUUUACAAUUUGUUAUUGACUCGUGAUUCAAACGCUCAAUUCUUCAAAUAACAUUCACCCCUAUUUUUGAUUUGAUUAUAGCUAUCAAAUUUAAUAGACCUUUCAUGGCUAUUAAAAUAUUGUAUCAUAUUUUUCAUAUUAUUGAGGAAGUCUCAAUGGCCCUGAUCUUUAGCAGUUUAAUCAGUGAUUGUUCUUUUAAUGUUUAGAAGAAGCUAGAGAUUGUGUGAUGAACAGGAUAAUACUAUUUUAUUGAAUUUUCUCUUUUUGCACCCAUCAAGCCUUAUUCAAUUUGACUUUGGUGAGGUAUUAUGUCAGAUGCCUGCUGGGACUCUGGCUUGAUUCAGCUUAAUAUUGAAAAUAUCUGAAUUGCCAACUUCUCUUAUUUAUGAAGAAUUAGAGCAACAAUAAUCUUCAGAUUUUUUUUCUUCUGUCCUUUUUGGGUAUAACCAGAUGGUGAUCAGCAAUUUUGCACAGUAUUCCAUUUAUAUUUUACUAAAGGAAUAAUUUAUUGUGGUUACAAAUAAUCCAUAAUUUAUUAAGACAGCUUACUUAAAAUCCAUUUUGGAAUUUACACAAUGUGUACACAAAAAUCAAACUGGUUACUUUGGAAACAUAUAUGCAUUUUGAUGCCACCAAAACCUGAAACUACAAAUAAAUUGAGUAUAAGUGUUAGCUGUUAAUUAAUAGUAAUGUUUAACAUGUAUACAUGUAUUACCUAGGGAUCUGAAAUGGUCACAAAGAAGUUAGGGAAAAGAAAUUAAGCUUAUGCAAUUUUCCAAACAUCCACCACUGCUAGCACUGUAAUUUCACAUCCUUCCUUUAGAUGGCAUGUUUUGAUAACGACAGUCAGUUUAACUGCACUUCUUUUGAGGAAAGUAUGUUUUUAAUUGAAAUUUCUCUUUGAAAUACCUGCUUACAUUUAUUCCAAAAAUUACCACAAUGGGUAAAAAAAACUUGUAACUUCAUGUUAACUAGUAUAGCUGGUGUAUAAGGUUAAAAGUUAUUCCAGUUUUUAAAGCACAUCAAAAACAGGAGCAUGAAUUGUAUGGGAAACUUAAUACCGUGAAAUCAAAUAGUUGAAAAAUAACUAAUUAAAAAGCUGUCAUUUUAUAUUUUUAAAAUCGAAAAAAAUGAAAAUACUCAAGCCAAGCAACAUCUGUGAAGGGAGAAACCGGGUUAAUGCUUCUGCAGGUGAUCUUCUGUUGGAGUUGCCAAUUGGAGCUGACUUUUGAGCAUUUAAGUUGUAAACUUAACUGUUCGGUUAUUUUAGUUUUAACUGAAACCUUUGUUAUUUGAAGCCUGUGUAAAAGGAAAUUGAUCUUCUAAAAUUUGCAAUGUUUAAACCUCUUGAAGUUAAAAUUUCAGUGAUAUGUAAAUUUUUGCUGAGUUGUUAAGGAAGGUCCCAAAAGCAUUUUCUAAAGUUGUAUGCAUGUAUCUGAAUUGAUGUUUUAAAUAAAAUUGUUUUAAUGAAAAUAA